AAGAUUUAUAACUAUCCAGAAUAAAUUAAACUCGCCAUCAUGUGAAGAUAUUUGGGUACUUUCUCCUAACUAAAGAAGAAUACAUCGAUAGUUAUCGACCUUAUAUUACACCAGCAUGAACCAGCUGAUGAAACAAAAUAAUUAAAAUAAAAAGACUAGUGUGUUUAUGUUCUUUUAGAAUUAUUUACUUAGAUUACAGCUAUGAUGCAGUGAUUUUCUGAAUAAUAUCGAAGGUUCGUCGCUGGGAACCAAGAACCGUUACGAUGAACUUGCAGUCUUUAUUUCAGGAUUUUAAUCCAAGCAAGUUCAUAGUACAUGUCUGUCUGAUGAUUUUUACUGCUUUGUUUGCACUUCGUCUUGAUGGCACUGUCCAUUGGAGUUACUGGACCGUUUUUAUACCUAUUUGGUUUUGGAAGUUUAUGGUUAUUGCUGGUGCUACAGUUGGAAGUUAUGUAUGGUGGAGAUACCCACAUUUUAGGCUUGAAGGUGAAGCAUAUGUUCAUUACAAAGCAAUGCUCAUAAGUUUAGCACUACACCUUAUUCUGCUAAUGUUUGAGCUAUUAGUUUGUGACAAAUUGGAAUCUGGUAGACAUCUUUGGAUCCUCGUAUUUAUUCCCUUGAUAUUUAUUUCAAUAGUAUCAAUUGCGGUUUGUAUUUGGGCAGUAAAACAUGAUCGAUCUUUUGAGUUGGAGUUAUUCUGCUCAGUGAACAUUCUUCAGUUCAUCUUCUUGGCCCUGAGACUUGAUGGAUUUAUCUCUUGGAAUUGGGAGGUAGUAUUUGUGCCUCUUUGGAUUCUUAUGUGUCUCUCUUUGGUGGGAGUUCUGUACACUGUCAUCUUUGCUGGGAUUUUACUAGUAGCCCCUGAAGUGGAUCCACAACAGAGACGCACUUCCUUCAACAGUGCACUUGGAUACACUUUCCUUGUCAUGCCCAUACUCAUUUUUCAGGUGCUGCUAGCAAGUAAAUUGGAUGAUGACAUCUCUCUGAGUUAUAUUGGUGUGGUGUCACCAUUGUUUUUGACUUACUGUACUCUCAUCCUUAUGUCUUUCAGUGCUAAAGGUGGGAACAGGUGGUGGUUUGGCAUCCGCAAAGAUUUUUGCCAUUUCCUGCUAAGUCUUUGUCCAUUUCUCCAAGAAUAUGCUAAUAUAGCUUACAGUCUUCAGGGUGAAGAGGGAAUUCGAAGGGGACACAGUACUCCUGAGGGCAUGGUCGAUCCUCUAUCAUUAGAUGUAAAACCAGAAAAGAAGUUUAAAAAGACUGAAUUGCUGAAACCUGUAGUACCUGUAAUAUCAAUUGACAUGCCAGACUGAGGUAUGAAUGAAAUUGCCACCACCUCUUUACUAAAUAAAUGAGGAUGAGGUCAGAUGGUUUUUGUGAUACUUAGUAUGGCUGUUUACAAUUUUAACAUUUUUAUCGAGUACAGAUAUUGGCAUAUUAUUUGUAUAGUUUAAGGGCCUGUGUAAAAUAUAUAUUUGUACAUAUACUUUCAUGACUGUAGAUUAUUUGUUUGUAUACAUUUGUUAUUGCAGUUUUAUUCUGUAGCCCUGUUAGAAUUACAUAGAUGAGCAAAUUUACAUAUGCAGUAAAACCUUGCUAAGCUGGAUCCUUCUCAAAAAUCAUAGCAAGUUAAAACAGGAGUAUUUUUUUUCAUGCUGUCCUUAUGAAACAAUUUGUUCAGUUACGAGGCCAAUGAAGUUCAUAAUGUAGGGUUCCAGUUAAAUUUGCCCCUUCACAAAGACUAGAAGGAUGUAGUGGCAGGGGACAGUGAAUUGAAAGAAACGUUGGAGCUGGUUCUGACAUCAAGUUUGGAAGCACAAGUUUUGUAUGUAUGUCAGAUAUAACCAUAAUAUCUUCUGAAAUAUGCUCCAAAAUCAUGGAAGGUGACUCAAAUUGACUAAGUACUGUAUUUAAACAGUAUGCAUUAUUACAAUUAUCAUCAUUUAUAUCACUUCAUUAAUCUGGAUAAUUGCCUCUUCUGGGUCACUACAGUACAAUGGUCCAAAUAAGUGAGGUUUUACUGUAAUGUAGUUUCAUCAUAUAAAUGAGAUCUGAAAUUUUCAUGGCAACGAAAAUGUGGACUGUCUUCUGAAUUGUGUUGGUGUAACCUUGCACGUGGUUUAAGACUACAUGAUGACACAAACCACAAGACCACAAUAUACAAUUUCAUUGUAUAAGUUUGUGGCAUAUUAUGUAAAUAGUUUAGUUCUUAAGGGGAAAACAAGGAAGAUCUCAAUUGUGAUGGAAAGUUAAACCCAUUAUGGCCUUAUACUGUUUGGUUUGUAUAUAAAAAUCUGAAAAUAAGCUCCACAGCUGAAGAUACAGCAGUUUGUCCUGCAACUUCAGAAAGCUUCAGGCACUAAUAUUGUUGAAAUUUUAUAAAAUGUUCUGAGGAUAAUUAUUUUCCAUUUUUUCCAUUUCAUGUAAUGUUGUUUACAUAGAUUAAAUUACAUGCAUAAU